AUGCCACAACACACAAAAGAUCUGUUUACUUUGAGAUAUAAUUUAGCUUACAGCUUUCUAUAUUUGAAAUAUUAUGUAGUAAAUAGUAAUAGAAUUGUGGAUAAACAGGCCAGGAGAUACUUUCAAGUUUCUACUUCAUGUGAACAAAGUGGGGUGAUUGUUGCUGUGCAAUAUGCCUGUUUAAAUGGCUCUGCUGCAAACAGGAUUCAUCGCAAUCCUUGCAAUAAUAAAGCCGCCGUGCAAAGGCAUAAUUUGGAAAAAAUAUUGCAAAACAACAAAGAGUACAUGUCUAGAAUUUGCAAAAAAAUUGAAGCACAUUUGGCCUUUCCUCAUGGACUUCAGAAAUGUAAAGUUUUAAAUUACCUCAUCAUGAAAAGAAUGUAG